AUGCAGGAUCUAAGUAUUCAAUUGACAGUGGGUUCCACGGUCUCGCUGCCCCCUCUUUUGCCAGAGAGUUUCUGGAGCAAGUGUACGAGCAAUCAACAGAUCAGUAAGCACCUUACCCCGCCAACUGAAGGAGAUCCUUCUGUCAGUCAAACAAGUCCUUCAAGACCUGGUGACACAAAACUGCCCAAAAGCGGACCAUAUGGUGAUCUCCCUACGGUCUUUACCUAUCCGCAUGGUAUCGAUUGGAAGAAGAAUCAAACCGAAGUUUAUGAUAAUGACGGCAACGUUGUUUUUCUACUAUCAAACAAAGUCAACGGUACAAGCAUUGGAAAAGAAUUUGUCAUCAACUCGCCACAGGGAGAUGAACUUCUAAGAGUAGCCAUGCAUGUAGUACGGUGCUUAGUCCCGCAGACUUAUUCUGCUACGCACGGAAUCACCUACCAAUAUGACACCCGUGCAGCAUUACCUGACAAAAUCCACAUCCAUUCGGACACCAAAAUGAAGGACGGAUUGAAACACGAUGAGUACAUUUACCACCGCCGCAUUAGAAGUGACACUGGAAGUAUCAAGAUUGGUAACAGCUCCAAAGACCGAGUUGCCAAGAUCUUCCAGGACAAGACAGCAGAUGGAUGGCAAAGAGAGAAGAUCGGCCACAAGAAAGAAAUCACAGUUAUUCGAAGUAACAAUGAAAUCCCAGGACCAAUCUUGGUGGGUACGGCCAUCAUCUCAUCCAAGGUGAUUCACAAGUGUGGAUAUUAA